UUUGCGAGUCACGAUGAAUUCUUUGUGCAUUGGUGUUGUGUUGAGUCUUCUCACUGCGUCCCACAGCGCCCCACUGACCUGUGAGCCACUACUGAAAGCAGUGGAAAAAGGUCCAGAUCUGUCUGGGAAAUGGUACGUCAUUGCACAUUCGUCAGACAUUUGUUUGAUUCCAUUGUUGGUGAACACAUUACUUUGGACAAGUUUUUCAAUGGAUUUUACAGAAAAGACGCCACCAAACACCUAUACUGUGGUCACGGCCAUUAAAAUGUUUGGAUAUUGUGUCAAUGAUUCUGACACCAUUUUUUACAAGACAAACACCAUAUUUGAUGUUAACAGCAAAAACGUCACUGGAGAAGAACCACAUGUUCUUCUACAAAGUGGGUGUCCAGACUGCAUUGUCAUAAAGGAUCAAGACACACCGAAGAAUCUCUUACUCCUCAGUAGGAGAAAGACUGUGUCCACUGCGGAGGUGAAGGAGUUUGAGACACAGGCACAGUGUCUUGGUUGGUCCAAGCCACAAGUCUUUAACAACGACGAUGGGUUUGACAACUGCAAAUGGCUGGAGGAUGAUGACGUUGAUGUUGAUUUUGAGGGAAUAUACGUCAAGAUGACCCAGAGACUGAAAAAAGCCUCCAAAGAAAUCAAGAAGUGCGUGUGGGAUUUCUUUUUAACCUACCUUCCGAGUCUUAUUGAUGACGAUUACCUGUCAUUCAUCAAAAAUGCUUUUAUGUGAUUGUUUUUACAUCAUGUCAGUGAAUUUAAACCACUAGUUGGGUCUCAGGAUUGCUUCCUGAACUCCAUUUAUGAGCAAAUUAUGAUUGAAAAACAAUGCUGACUUGUCAUAUCUGUCUACAAUUUGUAACAACACAUCAGAGGUUUCAGUAUAACGACACAACCGUUUGUGUGUACAUGUGUAUGUACGUGUCUCUGCAUGUGUGUGCUGCAGCGG